GAUUUCCCCUUGGUGAUGUGGUGGGUGGCCCUUGGGGCGGAAGAGGAAGAUGUGGAGCACAUGCUGGGACAUUCAUAAAUAGUCACCCAUGGAUGACGCCUCCAGGACAGGGCUUAUCCAAGGGGUGGAUGCUGCUGGCUCCAUCACUUCCAGGGUGGCCAUGUGCGUAGGGACAUGCAGCCGGAUCGUGGGUCCCUGCAUGCUGGUGCUGGGCACGCUCUCUGUGGCAGCCAGCAUCCUCCUGCUCUUCCCUGGAGGGGCAUCAAAGUACCUGGUGGAGGGGCGCAUCAGCAAACAUGCCAAGGCCGUGCCGGGCGUCUGGGGAGGUGGCAUCAUAGUGCUGCUGGCAGCAACCCACAUCACGGCGGUGGGGUGGCGAUGUGCCGGCUGCUCCGACUGCGGCACCCGUCGCAAUGCUUUCAUCUCUGCUGUGCUCUCCAAGCUGGCACUGCUGGGCGCUGCUGCCUGCUUCAUCUUCUCUGGGGUGGGUUUGACCAAUGGACCCCUCUGCUUCUACAACGCCUCCGAGCACGGCCACAGGCAUGGCACUGUCUGGGGUUACCCCUUCCUGGACGCUGGCGGCCAGGAGCCUGAUGCCAGGACAGAGAACUACCUAUAUGAUCGUCGCACCUGGAGCACCUGCCUGGAGCCAGAGGGCAUUGUGGCCUGGAACGUUGUCUUCUUCUCCCUCCUGCUGCUCAUCAGUGCUGCUGAGAUGGUACUGGCCUCCUUCCAGAUCCUCAACGGCUGCCUUGGCUGCCUCUGUGGCUUUUGUGAUGGGAAGAAGAGUCCCCCAUGAGGGAUGAACACCCCAGCCUGCAUGAGGUUGGCAUGCAAAGGGCUGCCUCUGUGCAGAGCCCUCUGCCUGCACGAUACCCCUCUUCCUCCUCCCUGGGGGUGCCGAUAGGGCUGGCAGCCAUGUGGGGUUGUAAACCAGCCCAGUGAGAGAUGAAGGUGAGGACCUGGCCCCUGGCAUCCUGGCAGGAGCCCAAUGGCUUCCCCAGCUGCUCGUCAUCAGCCUCCACUCACCUCAGUGCAAAACGGGAUACAGCAGUGUUUGUAGUGGUAAGAGCUGGAACAUGUAACUCGGGAAUGGGUUGCCCAGGGAGGUAGUGAAUGCUCCAUCCCUGGCAGUGUUCAAGACCAGGUUGGAUGAAGCCUUGGGUGAUAUGGUUUAG